CCGCGAGCCCGUGCGCGUCCUCGCUGCUCACAUUUCGGCGGUGGGCGCGCUCCCUGGAAAAUUCCACCCCUGCGCUAGCUCCACCCUAUGCGGCUUCUCUCCUACCCGACGCUCUUCAAGCUCAGCUCCCUUCCCGGCGAUCUUUGCGGGAACAAGAUGGCUGCCCCCGUAGCUGAAGGGUUGUCGUGUGUAUCGAGGGUUUUCGGUUGGUGGUCUCGGCAGCCAGUUCUGGUGACUCAGUCCGCAGCUAUAGUUCCAGUAAGAACUAAAAAACGUUUCACACCUCCUACUUAUCCACCUAAAUUCAAAACAGAAAAGGAGUUUUUGGAACAUGCCCGGAAAGCAGGAGUGGUUAUUCCUCCAGAACGUUUGGAGCGUCCUAUACAUCUGGCCUGUUCAGCUGGUAUCUUUGAUGCCUAUGUUCCUCCUGAGGGUGAUGCUCGCAUAUCAUUUCUUUCAAGGGAAGGACUGAAACAGAAAACUGAACGAAUGAAGAAGACUAUGGCAUCACAAGUGGCAAUCCGAAAGAUAAAAGAACAUGAUGCCAGUUUUAAAAUAAAGGACUUCCCUGAAAAAGCUAAGGAUAUCUUCAUUGAAGCUCACCUUUGUCUAAACAACUCUCCCUCCUACUUUUUUUUCUUUGAGGAUAUCUUUAUUGAAGAUCAACUUUGUCUAAACAACUCAGACCAUGACCGACUUCAUACCUUGGUAACUGAACACUGUUUUCCAGACAUGACCUGGGACAUCAAAUGUAAGACCGUCCGCUGGAGCUUUGUGGAAUCCUUAGAGCCCUCCCAUGUUGUUCAAGUUCGCUGUUCAAGUAUGGUGAACGAGAGCAACAUGUACGGCCAGGUCACCGUGCGCAUGCACACCCGGCAGACUCUGGCCAUCUAUGACCGGUUUGGCCGGUUAAUGUAUGGACAGGAAGAUGUACCCAAGGAUGUCCUGGAGUAUGUUGUAUUUGAAAAGCAGUUGGUAAACCCCUAUGGAAGCUGGAGAAUGCAUGGCAAGAUCGUUCCCUCAUGGGCACCACCUAAGCAGCCCAUCAUUAAGACGGUGAUGAUCCCUGGCCCUCAGCUGAAACCAGGAGAAGAAUAUGAAGAGGCACAAGGAGAGGCCCAGAAGCCUCAGCUAGCCUGAUGGCAAAAAUGACUUCUGGAGUGAAGCCUGAAUAAUGAGAUUGCUGGAAGCUUUGAAGUCUUCCAUCCCUAUCAUGCAAUAGAAAGAACUACCUUUGUUCUCUCCCAUCCUGCUCAGGUCUUUUCAGCAGUCUCUUCCUCAACAACCAUGGCUGAUGACUGGGCCCUAGUAGGUGGCAGGUAUAACUGGGCCACAGAUCUGGCCCUGUUAUACCUGUUUAAAUUGUAUGUCUAGCUUCUGAGUCCAGAUGAAAGACAGCAUGUUUUAGAGUACAUUGGAUCCCAGUUUUUCCCACAGCAGGGACUUUGAGAGAACCAGCAGCAUCCUCUUUGUAAUCACAGAGCAGGGAUCAGAGUUUGAAAUGAAACACUGUCAGAGUGUUGGAAAAAUUUUGGUGAGUUCUGUACAUUUUCCCUGGUUCAGGCUGGGAGUAGGCCAGCCUUCAAAUGGCAGAAGUAGAAGAUGAGCCUACUUGUGAGUGAUGGGAUUUUAAGGAAAUCCAGACUUAGAAGGAAUAAUUAGUGUUUAUAAGAUAUUUAAGAGGGCCUUUUUCAUACACUGACUCACUGAUGAAUCAGCAUUUGUGUUUUAUGGAAAAAUAAAAAAAAAUAAU